AUGCGUAGCCCGGCCAGGAAGUAAACCCGCCAGCCGCAUCAAACACCGGACUGGCCUGUCAAACACGAACCCGGAACGAGAAUGCUUAUUUCGUGAGGAGAAUGAUGUCAUGGUGACUCGACCAGUUUCCAACCAUUAACGCCAAGCAGACUGACUAAAAGCGCGGACCUACUUCGCUUUAUUUUACCUGGAUGAUCCAACUGUCCACUACCACUUCCUGUUUACCCUCUGACCCUGAUUCUUAAAGGCACAGGAUGAGAUAAUCGAAAGCGAUCGAUUCUUCCAGCGUGGAAUGUGGGGGAGGCUGUCCUCACCGACACGGUCCAUGUCCAGCGACGUUGAGGAGACCCCCGACAUGGAUCACUGGUGCGAAGACUGGAUGUCCAAUUUGCCGAAGGAGCUGUUGGACGUCCCGUUGACCCACUUGGCAAUACCGGGUAGUCACGACGCAAUGAGCUACUGCCUGGACAUCUCCUCCCCCCUGGUGAGGUCUGAGUCAGACCUGUUCAAGGUGCUUGAUGGACUUUGCUGCUGCCUCACCAGGCCCACCGUUUUCAAAUGGGCCACCACGCAGGAACGCUGCAUCGAAGAUCAGCUGUCAAUGGGCAUUCGGUAUUUUGACCUGCGCGUGGCCCACAAACCCAACGACCCGUCGUCGGAGUUGUACUUUACACACAUUUUAUACACACACGUCACCGUCCUGGACACUCUGUGGUCCGUGGCUUCCUGGCUGGAGAGUCAUCCCAAGGAGGUGGUCAUCCUGGCCUGCAGACACUUUGAGGGGCUCAGCAAUGCACUCCAUCACUUCUUCAUAUGCAACAUCAAGAAGAUCUUUGGCACUAAACUCUGUUUGCGCCAGGAAGCCGACUGGUCCCUGAGGUCUCUGUGGGCGUCGGGUCGUCAGGUUCUGCUCUCGUACGACGCCGACGUAGCCUCCCGACACGCUGACCUGCUCCCUGGCAUUCCCUACUGGUGGGCCAAUGAGCGCACGGCCUGCAGCGCCAUCAACUUCCUGGAGUGGAACAAGCAGCUCGGAAGGCCUCAGGGUUUCUUCGUGGCGGGCUUAAACCUGACUGCUUACAGGAAUUACAUCCUCACCAACCCCAAGGAGUCUUUACGCACGAUGACCUUGGCUCAGUGGAAGAGCCUAAGCGAGUGGGUGAAGCAGCAGACCCCCGGCUCGGACCCCCACAGCCUCAAUAUCAUCGCCGGGGACUUCGUGGGCCUGCUCCCCCUCUGCCCCCUCGUUGUGGAACUCAACAGGAAACUACUGACGGAUAAAAAGCAGCACACUGAAAACGGAUGCUAACAGAAUCCUCGUGGACAUUUGCACCAGCCAAUCAAGUCUGUUCGUUGAACACUUUUUUAUUACUGUGUGGUAAAUCGUACUGUGAAAUGCAAAUGCAAUAGUUAGCUUGUCGUGGUGGUCACAAUAGUAGGAACAACUGAGCGUACUGUCUGUUGAUGUAUCAAGAGUUACGCAACAACCGGAUUCAUUACAUUCUGCCGCCUAAGGAGGAAAUUGUUUUUUACAAUGAGUCAUGUAGUUGGUCGCUAGCCAAACAUCUUCCUGUAGCGCCCGUACGCGGCGUUACCGAUGACCACCUGAACGACGGCCGAGCCCUCGUCGGCGUCCACGCUGACGUCCUGCACGGCGGCCUCCCUGUACAGCCAACUGAGGAGCACAAAGGUAAUUAUGACACAGCUUGUGGCGUCUGGCCUGAACGUGGUCACCUCACCUGAGCUGCGGUGUACUGAGGUCCACUUUCAGGCUGACGAGACGUUUGCCCGUCGCGGCCACCACGCGCUCUUCCACUGUUAACUUCAGAACCUCCAGACCACGCCCUUCCAGGGCCGAGAUGGCCAGGGCGUCGGUUUCCGUCCAUUCAUAACUGGAAAUCAGAACGUUUGUUUAUUGAUGUGUGCCAAAUAAAAGCCAAAGAAAGAGUGA